CUUAGUUGUAGACUAGCGGUGUUCCAAGAUGUUGCUUGUUCGCACCAAGUGCAGUGCCUCCUCGAUCGGGCAUUCAACGAAUCCCGCUCAAUGGACAUCAAUACUGCUGCUCGUGCUCGUGGCCCAAAUCAAUGGCGCUGCUUUGAACGCCAGCAACUACUAUCAGUACCAAGUUGUGAAGGAGGAGCACGGAACGCCGGCCAACGUGAACAUAGUGCUCCAGGAUCGGGACACAAUGCGCACCUGGGGCACCAACCUGACUGCCAUAACAUGGGCCCACGCGGUCAACAGCCAGCAGCUGCUGGACGAGGCCCUUACAGGUGACAUUGACUUCAUUGAGGCGGACAUCGUUCUCGGCAAGCUGAAUGGCGAGGGAGAGGACAUGCCCGUGAUGGCUCAUCCGCCGGCCACAACCUCCGAUCUCACGUUGGCGGAGUUUCUCUACCAGAUCAUGGACUUUAACCGGGAUCAUGAGGGUGAAGAGAAAGGCGUCAAGCUGGAUUUUAAGUCCAUCGAGGUGUUCGAAGGGUCCCUCGAUAUCCUGGACGAGAACAUACCCAAUAUGGAUUACCCCGUUUGGAUAAACGCCGACAUUCUGAGUGGUCCCGUGGAGCAAAACAAAAGCGUUCCCGUCGAUCCGGAUCGAUUCUUUGCCGGUUGCAUGCGCUACAAGCAAGCUGUUCUCUCCAUCGGCUGGACAACCAAUUGGGGGGCCGACUUCCGGGAUGGCGAGUACACGGAGGAGCACUGCGAAGGUAUGCUGGAAACAUUGAGCGCCAACAAUGUGCUUUCCACCGGUCAAAGCAUCACGUUUCCGGUGCGUGCCGGCAUUGCGGCCAACAGCGAGGAGCAACUACACCGACUAGUUGCCGCAGUCAACGAGACCAAUGAGAGCAGCCUGACCAUUUGGUCAUCCGCCGGCGACUACGUGGACGUGGCCAAGCUGCGUAAGCUGAUCUUUGGCUUCGGUGUUGAACGCGUCUACCUGGACGUACCUGAGGAACUGGCCUCGCAGCUGAAUCUGGGGAAUCCCGGCAACGGAGCCAGCACCUUGAAGUCCCUCUUUAGCUUCGGUUUCAUAAGCCUUUGCUUUUGGGCCGUGUCCAGCUGGCUGAAGCGGCUAUAAUCGUCUUUAAUAGGUUAUUAACUAAAGAGUACAAUUGUGAAAAGGCGUUUAAAAUUUGUUUUUCAGAAAUGUGUGUGAGUGUAAUAAGAGGUAUACAUAUAUAUUAGUGGAUUUUCUCUUUUAUUUUUGUAUGGAAAUUUCAGCAAUAUUCAAGGAUUCAAUUUACAUAAAAGAAGUUACACAAAAUAUUUUAUUUCAUGAACUAUUUUUUGUCGAUAUUAUGCUGAAUACUAAAGUUUUAUAAGUUUAAAUCUCUGACAAAAAUAUAACUGGGACACAUUUUUAUUUA